UUACUGUUUGCUAGCUUUCUGCCGCUGGUGUCGAGGCUAGCUAAGGGAGAGAAACCGUGGGAGAAGGGCAGAAAGCGUGGGCUAAAAGCGGAUAUUAAACUCGGUCAACACCUGGCAGCGACGCAGGAAGGAACUGAACAGGCAUCAGCAGCAUCUCUCCCUUGGCUCUCACCACCACCCAGCUGUCAUAUCUUAAAGUCACCUUGUGCCUCCUUACUUCAUUAUUUCAAAGGUUUUCUUCGUCCUCAUCAAAGCAGAAACGCUCAUCGAUCGGCACCAGAGAGACGAAUAUCCGCCACGCCUCAUCUACCAGUCAGUAUUUCAUUAGCUUUGCUUGUUUUAGUCUAAAAGCAGAAGCUUUCCAGUGUUAACUCCGUGGUCUCACCUGGCCGGUCUGUAAGCGCUACACCUGCCCCAUCAUGGCCUCUGUGACCCACUCGUCUGAGCCAGACAUCCCAGACAACCACAAAGAGAGCUGGCUCGCCCUACUUUCCGCUGCGGAGGCCUACUGCCAGAAGUCCGGCUAUGACCUGGCCAUUCUCACCGCCUGCAAGAAGUUCCGGUCGGCGGCGGCGGACGGCGACGGCGGCAAGAAGCGUGAGAGCGGCACGGGCUUCCCCAAGGAGUGCGACUUCUCCUACAGCGUGUGGGGUCAGGGCUUUCUGGCGGAGUCGGCGCGGCGCUACAUGGACGACAUCGGCGUGCUGCACGCCACGUCCACGCUGACGGCCCAGAGGCACAUGCGGCAGACCGGCGGCGAGCAAGGAGGCAAGCUGCUGGUGGCGCUGACGUCUGACGCCGCCUACAGAGGGAGCUUGACGGGCGACUGCCUGGUGGGCGGAGUCAGCCCCAACAGCAGGCUGUACUCCCAGAGCUACCCGUCCAUCUACAGCCCCGACGGCCCCACCCAGCAGGGCGGCGGGCACAACGGCAACGGGGAGGCGGAGCGGGAGAGGAGCGGCGUGGAGCUGGAGGGGAGCAGACAGAGGGCAGGGAUCGUAGAUCUGGAGGAGGAGGAGGGAGAGGAGGCGGAAGAGGAGGAGGACAUGGACGAGAGAAGAGCCUACGGAAACGAAAGUGCAGGAGUUUUCUCCAUGGACGAGGACUCGCUGUCUCGUGACUGUGAGCCGUUCUUUGAGUCUGACGGAGAGGAGGAGAGCACCGACGGCUCGUUGAGCGAGGACGCCCCCCCGCCGCCGCGCGGCAUGGCCAUGGGCCAGCAUGCCUUCUCCCACCGCCACGCCCACCCCGCCGCUCUGGCCCGCUCGCUGCCCGUCUCCGUGCCCGUGUGGGGCUGCAAGAGCAGCCGCGCCGCCCAGGGAGAGAGCCACAGCGGAGAACGGGCGGGCUGCGCUGACCUGGAGCACAUCGCUGCCAGCAUGAAGGCCCUGCUGGUCCCCGGAGCCACCGACGGCACGGAGAUGUUCGGGGCCCUGCCGCGGCCCCGCCUCAACACCGGAGACUUCUCACUGAAGCACUGAGAGCGAGGGAGAGCGGGACAGAACGGGGGAGAGAGAGAGAGAGAGAGAGAGAGAGAGAGAGAGAGAGAGAUGGAGGGGGGGGGGGGACCUGGAAUGUGUGAAUCAGUGUAAAAGCUCCAAUCUCUUAUUGUUUCACUCACUAAAAUUAACUGCAAACGCUUUACAGGGUUUAAACAGUCGGGAUAAAAAAAUGUUACAACACUAAUUACAUCUUCAACACUACUACCACUACUGCUACCCCCCCCCCCCCCCCCCCCCCCCCUAAUAACCACACUAUGUUCGGACCAAGCCGGGUCGGGAGCUUUCAGAGGAGAUAAUGAGACGUUUGAUCAGCGGAGCGAUGAGGAGCAGACAUGUUGGCUGAAAUAGAGCGGCUCCACAGCAGGGAGGCUCCUGCACCUCCUCCUCUGAGGAAUAAACCAGGGAGGCUCCUGCACCUCCUCCUCUGAGGAAUAAGCAACACCACACCUAAUGCAGCCAAGUGUCAAGUUUAAAGGUUUGCUGCCUAUUAAACUUUAAAAAAAAUCAGGUCUUUUCUAACAUUUCUUCCCCACUGAUCUUAAAGUCCAGGAUUAUGCAACUCCUGCUAUAAUAAUAAUAUUAAUAAGAAAAAAUGUCGGUCAAGCACCGAUUUUUUUUAUUAUUAAAAAAUCCCAUAAUUUUCACAGCAACAUACAUUUUUAUUUCCAACUAUAACUUGCUUUGGAGAGAUGAGAAGCUCUCUUUUUUUAAAAGUAAAAUAAGGAGUUUGGUUAAUUUUGCCCAUUAGCUCCUAUGAUUUAACGAGUAGGAUCACCGACUCACUACUCCCCCCCCCCCCCCUUCCUAUUCAUCAGUUUAUCAGAGUAAAAACCUGAUUUUUAACACAAAAAUUCUUUUUUUUAUAUAAAUGUGAGCAGAAGACACCAGCACCUUCUCAUUACAUGCCUAUUUUUUUAUUUCACCAAUGAAUGACUGAUUGAUGGGAUGAUUGUAAAUCUACGUUCCAGGGGGAUGGCAUCGUUCCUGGUUUUUUAUUUUUAUUUUAUUUUUUCUGCCCCAUUUGCUCUGGAUAUGUUGCUACAUUUCCUGAAUGACAGAGAAAGUGAGAUUGUUUGUUUGCAAGGGAGUAAAGAUGUGUUGAACGUUAACACGCUGCAAAAAUAAAUGUUCCGUUGGAAUCUUUUAUGUUGCAAAUAAAGGAGCAACACCAAGAG